GGGCGGACCGGGAAGCGGCCUCCGCUCCGCCCCGGCCCGCUCUGCCCUUCCGCGUUGGCGCAGCGCUCCGGGAGCCCCGGUAUAAAGCAGCAGGCAGCGGCGGCGGCCGCCGCCCGGUCCCGCUCCGGCCUUAUGGAGACGCUGCGGAGGCCCGAAGGGGGGAGGCCGGUCCCGGGGGUGAGCGGAGGCCGGGAGGCAGCCGAGGGCAAGCAUGAGUGCAGGCAGCGUCUCCUCCCUGCUGGGCUGCCCCGGUUGGCGUGAGGCGUUCCCGGUGGGCAGACAGCAGGUCUCUCGGCUGGAUGAGAGGAUGAGCUCCAGAGAUCCGUGUGAGAGCGGGUACCUCAGCCUGGGCGUCCAGCUGCCCGCCCGGGCUGUGAGUUGUGAGGAGGGAGGCCAGCCCGCCAUGCUGGGCGCAGAGCCUCCCGAGGCAGCGGGGAGCCCCACGCAGGAGCCCCCUGACAGCCUGGAGAUGCAGCUGAAGGUGGACUUCUUCCGCAAGCUGGGCUACUCCUCGGAGGAGAUCUACGUUGUCCUCCAGAAGCUUGGCCUCAAUGCUGACACCAACACUGUCCUUGGGGAGCUGGUGAAGCAUGGCCCGGCCGAGCGGGACCCUAUGGAGGCCCCGCAGGAGACCAAGGAGGCUCCUCUGGUCCCUCGGGGAGGAGCUGCCAACAAGACCCCUGCACCCGUGCCGACUCCAGAGGAGAAGGAGAGUGAUAACCUGAAGCCCAUUGUUAUUGAUGGAAGCAAUGUGGCAAUGAGCCAUGGGAAUAAAGAAGUGUUCUCCUGCAGAGGUAUCCUGCUGGCUGUGCAGUGGUUCUGGGACAGGGGCCACAAGGAUAUCACAGUCUUUGUGCCGUCUUGGAGGAAGGAGCAGCCACGACCAGAUGUACUUAUAACAGACCAGUACAUUCUCCGUGACCUUGAAAAGAAGAAAAUUCUGGUCUUCACUCCUUCCAGGCGGGUUGGAGGCAAGCGUAUUGUCUGUUAUGAUGAUCGGUUCAUUGUGAAACUGGCACACGAGUCUGAUGGCAUUGUGGUUUCCAACGAUACUUAUCGGGACCUGCAGAAUGAGCGUCCUGAGUGGAAGAAAUUCAUCGAGGAGCGUCUGCUGAUGUAUUCCUUUGUAAAUGACAAGUUUAUGCCUCCAGAUGAUCCCCUAGGACGACAUGGCCCCAGCCUGGAUAACUUUCUGAGAAAGAAACCUGUGGUGCCAGAACACAAGAAGCAGCAGUGCCCUUAUGGGAAGAAAUGCACUUACGGAAUUAAGUGUAAAUUCUACCACCCUGAAAGGAUCAAUCAACCCCAGCGCUCGUUAGCUGAUGAACUCCGAGCCAAUGCAAGGCUGUCUCCUACCAGAAGUACCAGUGCUGUCAAGGAGGAGAAAAAGGGCAAAAGAAGUUCCCAGGCAGAGAGUGAUAAAAGCUCUUUGCAGAAGGUCUCUGCGGAGAGGAAAAGCUUGACCCAUAAAACAAAGCCCGGUGAUGUUCCACUUCAGGUCAAAGGCUGUGUGUCAGGCAGUGUUCCCCCUACCAGUGGGAGCCAUAGGUCCUCUGAAAGGUACCAGCAUCCUCACAUGGACUCGCUGCCUUAUAUCUCUCAGGAGCAUCUUGACUCAGGCAUUGGGUCUCUGGAGAACCAAAUGUCUGACAUGUGGCCUUACAGAUCUACCAGUCACUGUGAUCACUCCCAUGCUGAGCAGGUGGCAGUCUGCACCUGCGGUAGGCAGAGAUCUGUCUACCCACACUCUUCCAGCUUAGAGCAAAAUGGUCUGGUUCCUUAUAAGCAUGGUUCCCAUAAAUCUUCUGCCUCUGGUGCUAGCUUCUUGCAGUAUAACCCUGAGAUAUCUCACUCAGGGCCACCUCACUCUUUCUCAGGCUAUGGAGUACCUGUACACCCAACUAACGCAGGGCAGUACAGCCUGCCCAAUGAGUAUAACGCCCCUCCGUCUCAUUCUCGUGAGUACUGGUCUGAACCAUACCAGAUGCCUCCUCCUCAGGUGAGAUCUACCAGUGUGCAAGAUCCUCGGUCAGUGCAGAGAGCCCCGGGGCCAACAUACGGGGACUCCUGCCAGUGGGUGUCUGACCAGUUUGUAGAGGAGAGGGCCAACGUGCACGUCAAGCUGUGUGGCAUAUUUCAUCCCCAUUUAGUCGAUGCUGUGAUGAGCCGUUUCCCUCUGCUUUUGGAUCCCCAAAGGCUAGCUGCAGAGAUACUAACAUACAAGUCUCAGAAUCCAGGUAUAUGAGGCAGAUGCCAAGGGCAGCUGGCAUGCCAAGCUUGCAGGGCAGUGUUUGCACCCUGUAGCUGCCAUAGAUGCCUUUUGAGGGCUCCUCCUUGUUCCUUGGAAGUGCUAGGCUCCAGCUGGAGGCUGGAUACCAGAUGUGGUAUGCUCACAGUGAUUUCUGGUGUAGUCAUGACAGUGUGCCCCUUAAAGGUGUGAGAGCAGUCUGUGGCCCUGUCCUCCCCAGAUGAUGCUGAAGAGUCUGGGUACUGGGCAGGAGGAGGGGCUGCUGUUUCGGAGCAGGGUUUUUCCCCUGGGGGUUACAUGGUGAGUCAGGUACACCCUAAAUUCCUGCGGUUCAGAACUGAGCAUGGCUUUACUCCUCCCGGUAGCUCAAGUUUUGAGAUGGCUCAGUGUAUGAUCAGGCAUGCAGAGGGAGGACUUUGUGGGGCCUGUGAAAGAUAAGGAGAUACCACACUCUGUAGUGGAGUGAGACUUUAUGUGAAAACUGAAAUGCAUUGUCAAGACUGUUCCUAGCCCUUUACUGAGCAUCUUUACUAAACUGUACUAUGCAGAUCUGUGGAAAAUGUUGGGUUAUAAAUCUAGUAUGAAGCUAGGUUUAGCUGACUUUAAUUUGGCUUUAUUGGUGCAAUUCUUUAAUACUUUCCAUGCCCCUCCCACUUAAGCUUACCUUCCUGAGACAAGGUAAUUCUAUGGUCUGUACCACAAGUGCUCAGCAAGCUGCUCAGCUCCCAGAAAUAAGAGGAGCUAGGAGUAUAAUCCUUCCUUUCUCAGGAUGAAACACCUGACACUGCUCCAAAGCUGCAUGUGAGUUGUGUUUGGCAUUUGCUGGAAAAGGCAUUAGUCAAAACGUGUGGCUGACCACGCUGUUGAUGCUGCUCUAAAACAUUGACCUUGCCUGGUGUCCUGUCUUUGGCUUUUCUCUGUGUAACACUGACAAAGAGGAUUUAUGAUACUGUGCCUUUUGUCUUGAGACAGCAAUAGUUUUGAGCAUUCAGUAAAACAGCUGUAGUCAUGUCUGGACUGCUGCCAAUACUGUUCCUGAGGAUUCCUUAAUAUUCUUCUCUGUAAAGCUGUUGCUUCAUCUUCCUUCUCACUAUUUUGCUGUCCCCUUAAGCUUUGUCAAACUGUAACAGCAUCCAGAAAUGUAGAAUGAGACUUACUUGGUAAGACUGUUCCCCUUUUGUUCCCUGUUACUCUGUAAGAUGGUUUUUUUUUACUGUAGAUACUGUAACAGAUUUUAAAUAUGCAAAAACAAUUGCUGUAGUAAUUGGUUCUGGUCCUGGAAUUUCAUUGUGCUUAGAGUGCAAAGAGGUUUCUUGCACUGCAGGGCCAGAAGCAGUUGAUUUGUUGAUACACAUUGUAUCUGUGUUUUGUUUUGUUUUUUUAAUGUCCAUCUUGUGGUUAAACCAAGGUUGUUGAGUGGCAAGUUAUGAAGGGGAGAGUGGAAUACAGCUAUUGCUGAGAACUCCUGAGGAAUGGUUUUGUGUAUUACUGUUCUUCCCUCUGUCUAAGGAGUGACCUACCCAAACUGGCACCAUGUGCCAUAAAAACCACAGGGACACAGAAACCUGUAUACCUGGUUAAUUAUGAUACAUUACAAAUUAGUAAUGUUUCAUGUUAGUAAGCAAAAUGCUUCUUAAUUUUAAGUAACCUGAUACUUUGCAUAUUUGUAAAUUACAGGAAAAAUGGUUUUUAAUGUUAUUGUCAGCAACUUGCUGCUUGAUGCUGGUUUUAAUUAGUACUAUUCUCGACUCAGCCAUUGUGUUACUUGGCGUAGUGUUUUUGUUUUUCUGGCAGAAUGCUGAUAUAUGCUUCUCUUGCAAUCAGAAGACUAACAAUUUAUACUCAAAAGUUGACAUUUUACUGAACUUUCUGUAUCCUUACGCAGUAUAUAGUUUAUGUACUGAAUGGAGGCAGCCGUGUGAAAGCCGUGGCAAAGUAAGAACUUGUGUUAUAUAAAUAAAAACUGCUGAGUUGAA